CUCGGUGUACUCAGGAGUUUGUACAGAGAUCUUCAAAAGAGAGUGUGUGAUCUUCCAGAAACCAGUCUACUGCUUUGUUCAUCUGAGCAUUCAGGAGUUUCUGGCUGCAGUCUACAUGUUCCACUGUCACACCAACAGGAAGACAAAGGUGGUAGAAGGUUUUCUAGGGAAUCUCCGAGAAGAAUACAAAAACAGAUCUUUUUUUAAGAACAUGUUCAAGUCUUAUAGCUUCACAUCAAUGGAUGUCUUUUUGACUAAAGUCAUGGAGAAAUCCCUCCAGAGUAAAAAUGGCCACCUGGACCUGUUUGUUCGCUUCCUUCAUGGCCUCUGUCUGGAGUCCAACCAGAGACUCUUAGUAGGUCUGCUGGGUCAGACAGAGAUCAGUCCAGGAACCAUCCAGAGAGUCAUCAACAACCUGAAGAAGGUGAACAGUGAUGAAAUCUCUCCUGACAGAAGCAUCAACAUCUUCCACUGUCUGAUGGAGAUGAACCACCUCUCAUUAUUUCAGGAGAUCCAAGAGUUCCUGAAGUCAGAGAACAGAUCAGAGAAGGAACUCUCUGAGAUCCAGUGCUCAGCUCUGGCCUUCAUGCUGCAGAUGUCAGAGGAGGUUCUGGAUGAGUUGGACCUGCAGAAGUACAAAACAUCAGUGCAGGGACGACAGAGACUGAUUCCAGCUGUGAGGAACUGCAGAAAGGCUCGACUGACUCAGUGUCGACUCUCAGAGUCUCACUGUGAAGUUGUGGCCUCAGCUCUGAAGUCCAACCCCUCCCAUCUGACAGAGCUGGACAUGAGUGAGAACAACCUGCAGGAUCCAUCACUGAAGCUUCUGUGUGCUGGACUGGAGAGUCCAAACUGUCGACUGGAGACUCUGAGACUGACUCAGUGUGGACUCUCAGAGUCUCACUGUGAAGUUGUGGCCUCAGCUCUGAAGUCCAACCCCUCCCAUCUGACAGAGCUGGACAUGAGUGAGAACAAGCUGCAGGAUUCAUCAGUGAAGCUUCUGUGUGCUGGACUGGAGAGUCCAUACUGUCGACUGGAGACUCUGAGGUGA